AUGACAAACGACCAAGAUUUGAUCGACGAGGAAGACUUCCUUGCUCUCACGCUCUCUCCUCCGGUCAGCCGCCCUCGACCGCCGCUGCCGCAGCCGCAGGCCCAGUUGUUCCAAAACCCACAACUGCAGCCAUAUCUCUAUCAUCAUCAACCAUCGCAAAACCUUAAUUUUCUGCCGGCUUUCGCUCCUGCCCCGCCACCGCCACAGCCGCCACGUCCCGUCCAGGAACAGCCUUCGGCCCGCCAACCAGCCCGGUCUUCAGCUCGCACUCGCCGCAACGCCGCCCAGCCGCUCCGUCCUGGGAAGAGCGAGACCGUCCCGGUGCUCUUCCCGUGGGCCACUCCGCGCCGCGCCACCGUGCAAAACCUCGACUACUUAUUGUCCGCAAAGAUAGAGACGAUCGCCGGCGAGGUGCAGUGCAAGCAGUGCCAGCAACGGUUCCAGUUGGAGUACAACCUAGCGGAGGAGUUUGGCAAGCUGUGGAAAUUCAUUGCGGAUAAGAAGGCGGACAUGAAAGAUCGGGCGCCGAAGGAGUGGGAAAACCCGGAAUUUCCAGACUGCAUGUACUGCGACCAGAAGGGCGCCGUUAAGCCGGUUGUGGCGGAGAAGAAGAGGGAGAUAAAUUGGCUCUUCUUGCUUUUGGGACGGUUUCUUAAUUGUUUGACGCUUGAUCAGUUGAAGUACUUCUGUAAGCACACUCGGAAUCAUCGCACAGGUGCCAAAGAUCGGGUUCUUUAUCUUACUUAUCUGGGUUUGUGCAAACAACUUGAUCCCUCUGGGCCUUUUGACGCUCUCGAUCGCUAA